AAAAAGUCAGAUAACACACUCUAGCACACCGUGCGAAAGAAUUCUGGAUCGUUUUGAGUUUGGAAGACAUGCAUUAGACCAGAGGAAUGGAAAUUACCUUUCAAGGUUGCAGUGUUGUGCUGAGAACAGAGCGCGAUUUGAACCCAGCCCUGCACUUUUCCGGGUCCGAGCCCAGCCGUCUGCUUUGAGAAGCGUGCGCGCGGGAGCGAAUCAACCCUUCACAGCUGGAGCACGCACUUCUGGAUCCUCACGCAUCGUCCUGAGGGCUCCAAGUCGGGAGAGGGAAUGACAUUGUGCUCUGUUCCUCUGCCGGUUUUCGGAGAGCUCUGCGGGAGCAGGAAAUCAUAAUGCGUGGAGCUCGGGCUUCGAUAUGAAACAAUAAUCAUCUUCUUUCCCUCUCCUCCACCCAUAACAGCCUAUUGGAUAUAUCAUAACGACACAGAGGCGGUGGAAACAGCGGUUUUUUUUCCUUUUUUUUUGUUGUUGUUGUUUGUUAUUGUUGUUUGUGUCACACGGGCUCCCUUUCAGUGUUCGGCUCUUCAGUUUUAAAAGCAUCAUGACGUCUCCGGCGAAAUUCCGCAAAGACAAGGAGAUUAUAGCUGAAUAUGAAACUCAAGUGAAAGAGAUCCGGGCUCAGUUGGUAGAACAGCUCAAAUGUCUGGAUCAGCAGUGCGAGCUCCGUGUGCAGCUCCUCCAGGACCUGCAGGACUUCUUCCGCAAGAAGGCCGAGAUCGAAAUGGACUACUCGCGCAAUCUGGAGAAACUCGCUGAGAGGUUCCUGGCCAAGACACGUAGCACCAAGGACCACCAGUUCAAGAAGGAGCAGAACGUGUUGUCUCCAGUGAACUGCUGGAACCUGCUGCUGACUCAGGUGAAGCGUGAGAGUCGUGACCAUGCCACCCUCAGCGACCUCUACCUCAACAAUAUCAUACCACGCUUUGCCCAGAUCAGCGAGGAUUCUGGACGCCUCUUCAAGAAGAGUAAAGAAGUGGGACUUCAGUUGCAGGAGGACUUGGUGAAGGUCCUCAACGAGCUGUACACGGUCAUGAAGACGUACCACAUGUACAACGCGGAUAGCCUCAACGCUGAGAGCAAGCUGAAGGAGGCAGAGAAGCAGGAAGAGAAGCAGAUGGGACGCGGGGCACGCCAAGAGGAGCGCCAAACUCCACGCUCUCCUGACACACUCACCAGUGUCAAGCUCGAUGACAAGCCUGUUCGUCGGAGCUCUGUGAAAAAGAUCGAGAAGAUGAAGGAGAAGCGCCAAGCCAAAUACACUGAGAACAAGCUGAAAGCCAUCAAGGCAAGGAACGAGUACCUGCUGGCUCUGGAGGCGACCAACUGCUGCGUGUUCAAGUACUACAUUCAUGACCUCUCCGACCUCAUUAACUGCUGUGACCUGGGCUACCAUGCCAGCUUGCACCGGGCUCUGCGUACCUACCUCUCUGCUGAGUUUAACGUGGAGACGUCGAAGCACGGUGGCCUGGAGACGAUCGAGAACGCAGCUGAGAACCUCGAGGCCCAGGCUGACAAACAGAGACUAAUGGAGACCUACAACAACAUCUUCUGCCCUCCCAUGCGCUUCGACUUCCAGUCUCAUAUGGGGGACCAGAUGGGCUACAUGUGCGCUCAGCAGCCGCUACAGGGAGAACUUCUGCAGAGGUGCCAGCAGCUCCAGUCUCGUCUUUCCACACUCAGGAUAGAGAACGAGGAGGUGAAGAAGACCAUGGAGGCGACUCUGCAGACCAUCCAGGACAUGGUGACUAUCGAGGACUUUGAUGUGACCGACUGCUUCCACCACAGCAACUCGAUGGAGUCAGUGAAGUCCACGGUGUCUGAAUCAUUCAUGAGCAAACCAAGUCUGGCUAAGAGACGAGCCAAUCAGCAGGAGACUGAGCAGUUUUACUUCACGAAACUGAAGGAGUUCCUAGAGGGCAGGAACCUCAUUACCAAACUGCAGGCCAAGCAUGACCUUAUCCAGAAAACCCUGGGAGAGAGUCAGAAGACUGACUAUUGCCUUGCCAGUGGACGGAGGAACUCAACCACAAGAAAACAGGAAUCCGUUCAGGUUAUACCGCUGAUCGUGGAGAGCUGUAUUCGCUUCAUCAGCCGACAUGGCCUGCACCAUGAGGGCAUUUUCCGAGUGUCUGGCUCACAAGUGGAGGUCAAUGACAUUAAGAAUGCCUUUGAGAGGGGUGAAGAUCCUCUGGCUGGAGAUCAGAAUGAUCAUGACAUGGACUCCAUUGCCGGCGUCCUCAAACUCUACUUCAGAGGCUUAGAACACGCCCUCUUCCCAAAGGAGGUCUUCCAUGACCUGAUGGCUUGUGUCUCCAUGGAGAAUCUCCAGGAUCGAGCUGCCCACAUCCGCAAGGUCCUUCUGUCUCUUCCCAGCAACACCCUGGUCAUCAUGCGAUACCUGUUUGCGUUCCUCAACCACUUGUCCCAGUACAGCGAGGACAACAUGAUGGACCCCUAUAACCUGGCCAUCUGCUUCGGCCCAACACUCAUGUCUGUACCUGAGGGUCAUGACCAGGUCUCUUGCCAAGCCCAUGUGAACGAGCUGAUCAAGACCAUCAUCAUCCACCAUGAGAGCAUCUUCCCUGGACCACGUGAGCUUGAAGGCCCUGUGUAUGAGCGUGGAGGAGCCACUGAAGAAUACUGUGACAGUCCACACAGUGAGCCCCCCCUAGUGGACGAACCAGCAGCUGAUACUGUCUCGGACACCCACAACAGUGAUGAUGGCUCGUUGAACGUUUCAGAGUCGGACCCCAUCGAGGCCAUCGCACGCUUUGACUACUCAGGCCGUAACAACCGUGAGCUCUCGUUCAAGAAGGGCGCCUCGCUGCUGCUGUACCACCGUGCUUCUGACGACUGGUGGGAGGGACGACACAACGGCGUCGACGGCCUCGUGCCCCACCAGUACAUCGUGCUCCAGGACAUCACGGAUGGUGGUUACACAGGUCGAGGCAGUCCGAAAGCUGACCUAGAGGCACCCCUUGAGGGAACAGAGGAGAAAGUGUCUACUAGAGGCAGUGCCAGCUCUCCCAUUGGAGGCCAUGUAGCUGAUAUCUAUCUGGCCAACCUCAACAAAAUGAGGAAGCGUCCAGAAACGAGUGGAAUCCGGAGAACGUUCCGGCCGAUAGAAGGCACUGGUGAGGGUUCGUCCGUACCCGCGGGAGGUCUGAGAGGCACUUCGUUACCUGCAACUGCACUGCCCAAAGAAAGCGCAGACAAGCGGCCACUGAGUGCCCACAGCGUCCUGAACUCCAUCACCCGCCACUCAUCCCUCAAAGCCAAGGUGGAGAGCCCUCAGUUCCGCAGAGGCACCCCUGCUGGACGCUCCAAAAGUUUUAGCAACCAUCGACCUUUUGAUCCCGAAGUGUUCUCGCAGGUUGAGCACAGCUCACAGGAAAUCCAGGCGACCAUGAGUACGGCGCUGAGCGAGCUGCAGGAUCUGGACAAGAAGAGCAGUGUGAAACCGGCACCCGACGUCGUUCUCGACACGCUGGAGCAGCUGAAGAGCGGUGGAGCUUCCGAGCCAUCCAGCCCGCUGCACUCCCGCCCACUCCAGCACUCGCUCCAGUGCCCGCUCCAGCGCAGUUCCAGCUCAGCUAGCGACGUGCCCUCCGCCUCACGCCCGGUCAAGAGCCCAGCACCUAAGAGCCCUCUGUCCUCAGGAAUGACGGCCACUGCACUCUCUCCUUCCACUUCCACUUUCCGAGAUAACCGGCCGCCCGCCACCAGACCCAAACCUGCAGUCUUCCCUAAAAGUAGCAGCUCCAGCAGCACCACUAGUAUCCCUCCGUCUCCCCCGCCACCUCCUCCACCUACCGAUAAAUCCUGCCCAGCUUGAGAAAUCCAUAAAACCUUGCUUUAUUGUGAUUCCAAAAUCCAGCCACUGUUUGAUCCUGCUUGUCAGUGGAGGGAUAAAUAACUAACCUCUUUUUAAUUCCUUCAUUAUAGACAGUAACCUCAAUUCUGAAAUACAGUGUGUGGAUGUGAGUGUGUGUAUUGUCUGUGUGUGGUCCACAUGCACAUGGUGGGAUUUUUCAGCACUGUUGAAACCCAAGUAAAGAAUUCUGGCUAGGACGUGAACACUCUCAAUCCCUCUUUAUAAUCUAGGUUUAAUGAUUUUUUUUAAAGGGUUGUGAAUUGGAUUGGAUUAUUUUGGAAAUGUAUGUAGCUGUGAAUAACUCUUCCUUUCUCUCUCUCUCUCUCUCUCUCUUUCACUUUUUACUUAAAUACUUACUCUUGAGAGAGCUGGACAUUACGUGUGCCAUGAUGGAAACUGAACUUUAUAAUACUCUACUACGAACUCCAUAGCAUUGCGGUGGAAAAAUGUAUCUGUGUAUUUAUAUGCAGCUUUUUUAAGUACUGAGAUCGUGUCCAUGUUUUUGUCAGGAUAAGCGAUGUUGGCUUGUACCCUCCUCACAUUGGAUAUACAGUACCUAUGUUUGUAAUUCAGGAUAAAGCCCAAAAGCUUCAGUACUUCUUCUCGGUAGGAAUUCCAGCAUGGCGACUUGCUUGUACCACUUUCUGUGAAACAGUAAUACACAGCUACUUUCUUAACAAUAACCGUUAGCAUUAACUUUUCUACAAACUAAUCAGCAGUUGUGAUGUAUAAGUAUAGCCUGUUAGUCAUGAACAAUUAUUAAACAGUUAUCCACAAGCACCUGACAAGCUCUCAGUAAAAAAAAAAAAAAAAAGAGAGAGAGAAUUUUUUACCUUAUUGUACAAGAACAGCACUGAACGUUUGCUAGUUUUCUUACUGGUGCUUGGGAUCCAUAUUGGAGGGGAAAAAAUUGCUAGUUCAUGUUUAGUCCUACAUUCCCUCCAAAAUCACAUGCCAUUACAUAGAGUGGUGAAAAUUCUGUGCAAAAGUGGCCAAACAUCCACUUAACUGCUGAUGCAUGUAACUCAUCGGUGUCACACGAUCAAUCAGUCUGCAUGCGACAAAAAUAUCUCUGAGUGGACGAAUUAGAUAUCUGAUUCAAUGUCUCGGUAAACAAACGGAUAAAAUUGUCGGGUUAUUUGGAACAGCAAGUGAAAUGGCAAACUCGACCUGAAUUGCACACCAGUCAAGACACUGGUGGCAUCCUUCCCUGACAGGGUUAGCACUGUUAUUGGGACGUAACCAAGUAUUAGAGAGAAAAAAAGAUCCAUGCAACUCAUUUUUGCCAACGGAGCUUAUGUCUUAGUAAUAUGGUGAACUAUUUUGCCUUUAUACCUCCCAGCUUGGACUCUAUACUCGUAUCGUGAAUCUUAAAACUAUCACAUGAUUGCAUGGUGCAUAAGGCAAAGAUGUGCUGCUUCUCAAACCCUUCCAUUCUUAUACCAGAGUCACAAGCACUUCUUCUUAAUAGCCUGCUCUUCAUAUUCUCCUACGGUUGGUCAAACGUCCCAUGAUCAAGCAGAACAGAGGGUAUUUCUGUGUGUACCCUGUGAAAUUAUUAUGAUUGAUUAUAACUGGAAAAAAAAUGCAAAACUGAGGAAUGUCUUGUACAUUUGGUGAUGUAUUUGAUGAAAAAAAAAAAAAAAAAGGUUUCCUUCUGCAUUGCCUGAAUUUAUUUACGAUUCUCCUGGGCCGUUAUUUGGCCUUGAGUUUGCAUAAUGCUGAUUGUGUAUCUGUAAGUAUGUUUAUGUAUGGUUAUAUGUAUGUAUAGUGUAAACUGCCCAAUGGAGGCAAUUAAUUAAUUCACGCUUUAUACGUCAGAUUGGGAAAACUUUUGAAUCUCUUUGCAGGAUUUGACUGGGGAUAUACAGAGUUACAAAAUGGCAGACGUUUUGAGAGCAUGCUCCAAACUGGGAUCGGGUUAAUCCAACUUCUCAGUUUUUAUGUUUUAGUUCAGUGUUGUUAGAUAUACUGUCAGGCCCAAGCUUGUUGAUGAGGUCCAACCCAAGAUUUUUGGACUGGAGAUUUUGAAAAAAAAAACCACCACCAACAACAAAAAACCCUGUUUUUGCAUGUUUAUGUAUUUCCCAGAUCUCUAAGUGCCCAGCGUUCUCCCCAGAAUUAAAAUAAAGCCCUAACUUUUGGGUGGCCGCAGUUCAAAAUGCAGAAAAUAUUGAAAAAAGGGAGCCCAUUUGGUGGCAUCUGGUGACUUUUAGGAGCAUUUUAUGGUGGUAUGGGCACUGUCGCUACAACAAGUGGAGGUCUGUGAUGCUGUGGUUUGCAGCAUGGGGUUCACAUGAGCAACAGUCAUCAUUUGACAGCAAUGUAGUAUAUAAUAAUGCUGUUUUAUUAUCUAAACCACUGCCAGAACACCACUAACCAAAAGUUUAAAUGAGUUCUGUUGCAGUUUAAUAAAUAAUACCCCCUACAGACUGCAUUUACUGCACAAAUGCCACAAUCUCAAGUCCUUUACACUUAAGCCUACUUAAUACUUCAAACUUCAAUUUCGGUUUCACUUCUUUCCUCUUCUCUUUCUGGCUCUUCUGUCCUACUCUCAUUUAGCUGUCGAAAAUACGAAUCUAUGGGGCGCUGAGCGCCAUUCGCACCUCUUUUCGGCAUGAUUGAAAUGUGGAUAUGUAUACCCACCACGCAAAAACCAUAAACCACGAUCUCGCCUGCACGCUGAAGCGUCAUUAUACCAGUGCAGCAGCAAAGUGAUUGAGGGCAUUUAUUGCGAUUGGGGAUUUCCCAUAGGUCUGCCUGAGUGCAUCAUGCCAGUAAACCAGCCCAAAACACUGAUUUUCCUUGAAAAUAUGUCCCAAACAUCUCAAGGUAGGAAUGUGACGUGAUUUUUCAGUGAGUGUCGGAGCAAAAAAAUAGCGUGUUGGCAUGAAAUUAAAGCGUGUCAGCCCUGAUAUGCAAAAGUGCUCUGGGGAGAACACUGGUUACUAGGACAUUUUAUCUAAAAUAUGAGCCACUUUUUCAGAUUUAGUCUAUGUAUACUUUUUAAAGAUGAUUUUUAUUAUUUUUUUUUAAAGAGACACCUUGACUACUUAUGAUAUACAGUUAGGUCCAUAAAUAUUUGGGCAAAGGCAACAUUUUUCUAAUUUUGGUUCUGUACAUUACCACAAUGAAUUGUGAACAAAACAAUUCAGAUGCAGUUGAAGUUCAGACUUUCAGCUUUAAUUCAGUGGGUUGAACAAAAUGAUUGCAUAAAAAUGUGAGGAACUAAAGCAUUUUUUAAACACAAUCCCUUCAUUUCAGGGGCUCAAAAGUAAUUGGACAAAUUAAAUAAUUGUAAAUAAAAUGUUCUUUUCUAAUACUUGGUUGAAAACCCUUUGUUGGCAAUGACUGCCUGAAGUCUUGAACUCAUGGACAUCACCAGACGCUGUGUUUCCUCCUUUUUAAUGCUCUGCCAGGCCUUUACUGCAGCGGUUUUCAGUUGCUGUUUGUUUGUGGACCUUUCUGUCUGAAGUUUAGUCUUUAACAAGUGAAACGCAUGCUCAAUUGGGUUGAGAUCAGGUGACUGACUUGGCCAUUCAAGAAUAUUCCACUUCUUUGCUUUAAUAAACUCCUGGGUUGCUUUGGCUUUAUGUUCUGGGUCAUUGUCCGUCUGUAUUAUGAAACGCCGACCAAUCAGUUUGGCUGCAUUUGGCUGGAUUUGAGCAUACAGUACGUCUCUGAAUACCUCAGAAUUCAUCUGGCUGCUUCUGUCCUGUGUCACAUCAUCAAUAAACACUAGUGACCCAGUGCCACUGGCAGCCAUGCAUGCCCAAGCCAUCACACUGCCUCCGCCGUGUUUUACAGAUGAUGUGGUAUGCUUUGGAUCAUGAGCUGUACCACGCCUUCACCAUACUUUUUUCUUUCCAUCAUUCUUGUAGAGGUUGAUCUUGGUUUCAUCUGUCCAAAGAAUGUUCUUCCAGAACUGUGCUUGCUUGUUUAGAUGUUUUUUAGCAAAGUCCAAUCUAGCCUUUUUAUUCUUGAGGCUUAUGAGUGGCUCACACCGUGCAGUGAACCCUCUGUAUUUACUUUCAUGCAGUCUUCUCUUUAUGGUAGAUUUGGAUAUUGAUACGCCUACCUCCUGGAGAGUGUUGUUCACUUGGUUGGCUGUUGUGAAGGGGUUUCUCUUCACCAUGGAAAUUAUUCUGCGAUCAUCCACCACUAUUGACUUCUGUUGGUGUCCAGGUCUUUUUGCAUUGAUGAGUUCACCAGUUCUUUCUUUCUUUCUUUCUUUCUUUCUUUCUUUCUUUCUCAGGAUGUACCAAACUGUAGCUUUUGCCACUCCUAAUAUUGUAGCAAUUUCUCAGAUGGUUUUUUUUCUGUUUUCGCAGCUUAAGGAUGGCUUGUUUCACCUGCAUGGAGAGCUCCUUUGACCGCAUGUUUUCUUCACAGCAAAAACUUCCAAAUGCAAGCACCACACCUCAAAUCAACUCCAGGCCUUUUAUCUGCUUAAUUGAGAAUGACAUAAUGAAGGAAUUUCCCACGCCUGCCCAUGAAAUAGCCUUUGAGUCAAUUGUCCAAUUACUUUUGGUCCCUUUAAAAACAGGGUGGCACAUGUUGAGGAGCUGAAACUCCUAAACCCUUCAUCCAAUUUUAACGUGGAUACCCUCAAAUGAAAGCUGAAAGUCUGGACUUUAUGUCCAUGUUCAUUAUAUAACUAUAACUUGAAUAUGUUUCAGUAAACAGGUAAAAAAAAAUUGUGUCAGUGUCCAAAUAUAUAUGGACCUAACUGUACAAGCCUUGGUGUGGUGGACAAGAGUACAAAUUACAUUGGUUUUGUGUUUUGAGGUCAGGAAGAAAAAAAACAUGCAUGGGAGCUGAUUGAUCCCCCCCCCCCCGGGCGAUGAAGACAUUAUUUAAUGCCUUGACAGCAUGGAAAUUGUGAAAAAUGCCUGGAAAGCCUUCAUUAAUAUCCAACGUAAAAGACCAGAAUAAAUAUGAGCGGUUUAGCGAAGCAAAUUUUAAGAAGUCAUUUUUUCUAGGCAAACUUUUUAGAUGUUAUUUUCCUGUGUUGUGUUGCAAUUCUCUACAUGUCUUAACAGGUGAUUAGGUAUAUCUGCGUGUGCUAUGAUUGGAAAUUUACUCUGUGUUGUUCCUAAUACCUCAUGAGGCAACUGGAAACCAAAUUGGAAUGGAAAAAAAAAAGGCAUUAACACACACAACACAUAAUUAACUCAUGCAAAGUGCUUGGUGAGAUGUUCUGUCUUAAUGUGUAACUUUCUGACUGUGCAGUUGGCUAAAGUCUUGGUUUACAUGUAAUCUUUAUCUUUUCAAGUCUGCAAUUUUAAAAUUGAUUCUUAUUAUGCACUUGAAUCUGCAUUGUAUGUUGGUGAACAGAUUGAGCGAGGGUUUGCCUUUUUUUUCAUUAUCGUAACUAUUGUUCUGUGUAUUUCCUGUCCAUUUGGAACAAGGCUGUAAAAUGAACUGUCUUGUCAGAGGUAUUUAUAGUCGUCCACUCGAGUAUCUGUUAAUGAGAGAAACCUGUGUUCAGAUGUACUUUGUAUAUACAAUGGUGUACAUUACAGAGGUACAUUCUUUCUCUUUGGUUUUCUUUUUUUGACGGGGAGGGGUACAGGAUUGUACAGUAAUAGCAAUAGUAGUUUACUCUCAAAUACACCUUAUAUAAUUCCAUGCGUAGUUCUUGUAGUAAACAUUUUUUUUAAUAAACCGCUUGCUAUACA